CAGAGUCACCAGUUGGAAGACGCACUUGUAAACACGUAUUACUAUUUGGUUAUUAUUAACCGUCAGUCGUAUGAGAAUACAAUAACUUCAGUAUGCAGAUUAUAUAAGUGUAACAUCCGGUGAGUUAAAAACCCGGAACAAACCAAACAAGCUGCUAGUUAGCUAGUUGUUGUUAAGUUGGCAUGUUAGCACGUUAGCUAGUUGGUAGCAUCAUGGAUCCGUUGACUAUAGUUGUGGAUGAAGUGGCUUUGGAGGGACUGGACGGAAUAACUAUCCCCUCUCUGUGGAUACGAUUAGAGAAUAGAAAGCCUGCUUUUCCCCUGAAACUCGAUGACCAUACCAAGGAGCUCGUCUGGAGGUCCCUUAUCAACAACACCGAGCUGAAGCUGUACCAGCUGCCGCAGGAGAGAGACGAUGUGGUGCUGUUUGACAGGUUCAAAGGCAUCGACCCAGAAACGGGCAUUGAAACAAGACAUCAUUUUUCUGACAGGAAAGAUGUCUACCUGGUUGAUAUGAUUCUAGAAAACAAGAAUGGGAUUCAGGGCUCCUGUGCAUUAUUCAAAGAGAGGAAAGACAUCACUAAAAAUGUCCGCUCCGAGUCCCUCGCCCCCUUACUCAACCUGCAGGAGGCUUUGGAACAAUAUGGCCGAAAGCUUGUCGUGGUGGCGUGUCAGACGCUGCGAUUCAGGACCCUGAUUGGUCCGGAGAGCGAUCCUGAUUUGAAACUCAACGACGACUCUUACUGCGUGCUGGAACGAGUCGGCCGAGCUCGAUGGCAAGGAGAGCUUCAAAAGGAUCUGCACGGAAGCUCCUUCAAGAUCGAUGCUCGGAAGCUGCACUACAUGAGGAAGGCUCUGGUGAAACACGGCCUGGUCAGCAUGCAGUCUCACGUCACUCGAGUGAUCUCAGGACAGCAGCAGCACUCCAUCCUGCUGCUGCUCAAACGCUUCUACGUCAACAGGAGGGCAAAAUACGACAUCCUAAUGGAGUACAUCUGCAACCUCCUGCAGCAGUCGCCGGGUCAGUUUGCCACUCUGCUCACUCUGAAACACCACCUGAAUGUGGAGGACAGCACUUUCAAGCGUGUAUUUCAGUACAUGAGAAAUGCCAAGUUGGCUGAGUUCUGUCAGUACCCUCUGGAGGAUUUAGACCCAUCAGCCGGGCCGUGCAUCAACAAGAAAGGGAAGAAAGUGCUUGUGCGCUGUUUGAGAUUGUUGAAGCCGUACACGAAGAAGGGCGUCACUGAUGAUGACGAUGAUGACGACGACGACGAUGAAGAUUUCCCAGCAGGGAGAAUCGAAUCUAAUCCUCCAGAGGGGCGAAUCAUGGAGAGGGACGUCCUGUCGCAGGCCUAUAACAUGGUAUUAUCCACUGGCACAAAGGGAAUGGCUCAGCGCGGGAUCAGUUGUAAGGUGAAUGUCGGGAAGCUGGAAUCUCGUAUGAUCUGUCGACGGCUGGAGAGGGAGGAUAUGAUUAAGGGAUUCAUGGUGGACCAGGGUCGACAGAGGACGACACAGUUUAUCAGCCAUAGGUUUGUUGGUGUGAGUAAUCGACUCCAACGGUUUGCUAAGGAGCAGGAGCGGACGAAGCUCCUCUACUCCUCUGCACCACAGGCAUUAGAUGUUGAUGCGCCAUCCCCUAAAUCACCACCAACUGCCAAACGGAAAAAAGCAUCCUCCAAAAGCCCUGCAGCGAAGAAGUUUAGGAAAGCAGAUGGCGGAGGAAAGGAGGCUGUAGAGGAGGAUGGAGAAGUGAACACAGAAGUUAGAGCCUUGGAUGGAGAGGGAGGGGAAGCAGCAGGAGAGAAAAGCCAGGUGAAAGCUGAGCAUCCUGAGAGCCCUUUCAUACAAGCAGCUGAAGGUGAAACCGCAGCUUGCAGUGAGUCAAACAGCAGUGCAGCACCUGACUCUGAGUCCACUCCCACAGCAGAACCAGCUGGAGUCAAAGAGGAUGAUCCCAACUCAAAUCCUUUCAGCACAUUUCCUGAGUGUGAGCCGUCGAAAGCAGCCAACAACUCAGGAGACAACGACGUUGUUGUUGUUACAGAUUUCUGCAAGAGACCGGCCCGGGUUCGUGUAAAAAACAAAUAUGCUUUGGCGAGAUCUCACGAGACGUUCCGCCUGCUGAGGAGGAAGAACCUGAUCGUGGAGGCGGUGCGCAACUUCAAAAUCAUCGAGGGUCUCUUCCCGCUACAGAAGAUCAUUACUGACGACGAAAAGAAGGAUGGAAUCAACACGAGGUGCUGCAAGAAGACUAUCGUACGCACCGUGGACAGCCUGUCCAGAGAAGGCUUACUAAAGGUGUACAAGACCACCAUCAUACAGGACGGGGUCACCAAGAACGUGGAGAUGGUCGUUCAUCCGUCCGUUAAGCCCACCGAUGAAAUAGUGACACGACUCAUCGAACAGAUCCGCUUCAGAAUCUCCAGUUCUUACUCCACUGUACGUCAUCAGCACGCUGAAGAGAAAGCCAGAGAAGAAGGCGCCGCCCCUGAAGAUACGAGCGGCAGCCCUUCCAGAGCCAAUAAGAGAGACAAGAAGAAAAAUAAAAACGAAGAGUUCAAGCCCACAACAGUUAAGGGAUUGGGGAAGUCUCUUGGAUUCCAGCCUAAGAUGCAUCGUAUGCGUGUUGUUCAUAACUUCCUCUGGUACCUGAUAUACGGGCACCUGAGCAAACAGAGCUCCUCUGACUCCCCAUCGACCAGCGACACGUCGGCACAACAGAACAUCUCUGACCCCGAUCCCAAACAACGGAAAGACUCCCCUAACAAACAAACACUGCCGUCUGAAAACACUGACUCGCCAAACUUAGAUGUGAUAUCGUCGGGUGAUGAAGAGGAGGAGCAGAAGGAUAAAUCGAUACCUAGUGACUCUCAGUCCGACUUGAAAGUGUAUUCUGAUGAAGACUCCUGGAAGAAAUUCAUUCCUCCUGUGCGUGUGCACAAGGGGUUUAUCAGCGGCUGGGCGAUGGUCGGAGACAUCCUGCUCUGCAUGCCGCUCUCCAUCUUCAUUCAGGUCAUACAGGUCAACUAUAAGGUGGAAGGACUGGAGGAAUAUCUCAACGACCCGGUGAAGCAGCACCAUCUCAUCCGAACGCUGCCGGCCAGGAUGAGAAGACAGCUGCUCUACAAACGAAAAUACAUCUUCGCCUUCCAUGAGAACCUGCAGAAGCUGGUCUACAUGGGUCUGGUGCAGUUUGGGCAUGUUGAGAAGUUCAAGGAGAAAGACCAGGUGUUUGUGCACGUGAUGCGUAACGCCUCCAUCGUCGACACCACCAACGCCGAGCCUCACUACUGGCUCGUCACAGAGUCCUUCGACAAACCCUUCGAGCAGCGCCACUACACGUUCAACAGCGCAGAGGACGUGGAAAACUACUGGUUCGACCUGAUGUGUGUCUGCCUCAAUACACCACUGGGGGUAAUCCGCAUUAAGAGAAAUCCCUCUGAGGAAGAAACUGAUCCUUCCUUUGUGCACGAACGCAACGUCUUUGUGGGACUGGCAUACCUGCUCAAGGGAAAUCUCGAAGUGUGUGACGACGGUUCGAUACCCGGAGACGGUAAAGGAGCCGGAGGUCUGCACUCUGAAUUCUUCGCUCAUCUUAAACGUAACUGGUUGUGGACCAAUCAUCUUCUCGCUGUGAGGACGACCCCAAGUGGCUUAGAGGCGAAGGAGAAUAAAAUCAGACUGAAGAGCCUGCUGAGUAAAAACUCUCUCAGGAUCGCACUCAAAGCUGCAGGAACUAUUAACCCUCGUUAUUCGACUGCCAAACGAUCAGUGAUAGCAGAAACUAUUGAGGUGGAUAUUGAGCCUGCGUCCAGAAACCAGCAGGUGGUCGGAGGAAAGAAACAGAAGAGGAAGAGAACCAAGAAGGAGGUCGCCAAGCCCUCACGCAAGAAGAAGAAAGAGCCAAAGAAACGCCUGCCGGCUCACGACGAGGCCGACCACCGAGCUCUGAAGAUGAUGACGAGGCAGAGAGUGUACUGGUCCGUGCAGGAGGACUCUCUGAUGAUGCUCUGCAGAGUGGCCUCCAACCUGCUCAACAGCAAGUUGAAGAGGCCGUUCGUACCGUACGUUGUGGUCAGAGACCUGCUCCACGCAGAGUUCGAGAUCUCGAUGGAUAAAACAUCCGUCGCUGUCGGACGUCGCACACGAUACAUCCUCAAAAAUCCUCAGACGCUCCUGAACUACAGGAUCUGUCUGGCUGAGGUGUAUCAGGACAAACCUUUGAUGAGCCUGCUGGAGGAAAACAAACCCGCCGAUCCCAGCAUUGUCGAGGAUUGUGCAAAAUCGUUCUUGGAGUACGCCCGGCUGCUCCGACAGAAGUUCAGCUCCGUGGUUCUGAACGCUCGGGAGAUGAUCAUGCCCGACACAAAACGCCAGCUCUUCUCACGGUUCAAGGUCUCAGCGAUAGAGAGUGGAAAGCGUGUGUCAUGGAAAGACAACAUCAACUCCAACAAUGAUAUUCAUGCCAUAGUGUUACAAAACUUGAUCCAAAGCACUCUGGCCAUGACCAACAAUCAGAUGAAGGCGUCCAGGUCCUUCCAGACCUUCCACAUGUACAGUAAGUAUAACCAGGAGAUGCUGUGCCAGGCGUUCAUUCAGUGCAGGAAGAGAGGGCUGGUGAACCGGCGCCGCAUCAAUCAGGCGUUCGGACCGAAGAAGAACCGAGCGCUGCCCAUCCUGCCCAUGUCCUACCAGCUGUCCCAGUCCUACUACAGGUGUUUCUCGUGGCGUUUCCCUAACUCUCUGUGCACCGACUCCUUCCGCUUCCUGAGGAGUCUCAUCAACAACGGGAUGUCAGACGACCAACCCGUCACUGCGUUCUACAAUGAGCCCGAGAACAGGUCGGAGAGCGAAGACGUAGUAACGGAGAGAAGAGCGGCAUCGGAGAAGAAGAAAAAACAAAACAAAGGGGAGAAAGAAGGACCAGUGAAGGAACCAGAGAAGGAACCAGAGAAGGAACCAGAGAAGGAACCAGAGAAGGAAACCAGUGACUGUACAAAGGAGGGAGGGAAGGACCAAAGUAAAACGGAAGGAGGAGAGGAGUUAAUGGAGGUGAACGAGGAGAAAAACAAAGCAGAGGAACAGAAGAACCAGGAAGAUUCGCUCACAGCUGAUUCUACUGAAGAUCCCUCCAGCAGAGAGCAGACGGACAACCCUUCACCCAGAGAGGAGUCUCCAGAUGUGUCUGCUCCUCAGAUAACUUCAGAGGAGUCUCCAGAUGUGUCUGCUCCUCAGAUAACUUCAGAGGAGUCUCCAGAUGUGUCUGCUCCUCAGAUAACUUCAGAGGAGUCUCCAGAUGUGUCUGCUCCUCAGAUAACUUCAGAGGAGUCUCCAGAUGUGUCUGCUGCUUCGAUAACUUCAGAGAAGUCUCCAGAUGUUGCUGCUGCUCCUCUGAUAACUUCAGAGGAGUCUCCAGAUGUGUCUGCUCCUCAGAUGACUGCAGAGGAGUCUCCAGAUGUGUCUGCUCCUCAGAUGACUGCAGAGAAGUCUCCAGAUGUGUCUGCUCCUCAGAUAACUUCAGAGGAGUCUCCAGAUGUUGCUGCUGCUCCUCUGAUAACUUCAGAGAAGUCUCCAGAUGUUGCUGCUCCUCCGAUGACUGCAGAGAAGUCUCCAGAUGUUGCUGCUCCUCCUAUAACUCCAGAGGAGUCUCCAGAUGUUGCUGCUCCUCUGAUAACUCCAGAGAAGUCUCCAGAUGUUGCUGCUCCUCUGAUAACUCCAGAGAAGUCUCCAGAUGUUGCUGCUCCUCCUAUAACUCCAGAGGAGUCUCCAGAUGUUGCUGCUCCUCCUAUAACUCCAGAGGAGUCUCCAGAUGUUGCUGCUCCUCUGAUAACUCCAGAGAAGUCUCCAGAUGUUACUGCUCCUCCUAUAACUCCAGAGGAGCCUCCAGAUGUUACUGCUCCUCCUAUAACUCCAGAGGAGCCUCCAGAUGUGUCGGACAUGCUGCAGUUCUGCAUGGAGUCCCCGGGGGGAGCGAGUGGAGUCUGUCUCAGCCUGAUGUCUCUGGGACUGCUGAGUGUCUUCAUGUCCAUCCCCAAACAGGUGGUGGUGGUGGACAGCAACCUGGUGGACAGCGACGUGGUCAAGAGUUUGGUGGCGCUGGAAGAAGAGGAUGAUGAUGAGGGUGAGGAUUGUGACGGGAAGAAGAAACUGGAGGUGAAGUCACAUCAGGCGUCUCACACCAACUACCUGAUGAUGCGCGGAUACUUCUUUCCUGGCAUAGUGAAAAUCCGUAACCUGAACACUCUGGAUAACAUCGUGGUGGAGUCGUGCAUCAUGAAGCUGCAGCUGCGCAGCACUCCUGCUCACCAGCUGUUCAAUACAGAGGACUUUCCACCGCUGGACUUGUCUAAAUGCGGUCCAUCCCUGCUGCCCUCCGUCCUCUCCUCCUCCACCCGCUCUUCCUCCUCCUCUUCCUCCUCCUCUCCCCACAGUGUGAAGGAGUGUGAGAGGCGUUUGGUUGAGCAGAGAGGUUACACUCCUCAGGACGUUAAAGCGUGUGUUCAGCUCAGGAGGAGUCUAGAGGCAGCGAAGGAGAGCGGUCUGGGGGUCCAGGACCUCUACGAGACUCACGCUCAGCUGCAGGAGGCGCAGGGGGGCCGCAGCAGGAGCCUGCAGCUGUACCUGAAGGAGCUGCAGGAGGAGGGCCAGGUGGUGAAGGUGGGGGGUCUGGGUCCUCGCUGGGUGCUGAUGCAGCACUCUGAGCCCUGGCUGCUGACCGUGAAGCAGCCCUCCAAGAAAUGGCACGAGUCCCGCCUCAACUCCAACAGAAUCCCCUUUCUGGAGAAGAACCACAACAUCCCCUUCAUGCGCAUGAGAACCAGGCGGGAGGUCCGAGAGCAGGAAGAGGAACCGCCGGCGAAAAGAUCAGCUGUGGAAAAACAAGGAGGCGAAGAUGUAGCGGGAUCAUCGAGUGACGCAACGGGAGAGAAAACCAACGAGGAAGAAGAGCUGGAGAGGAAGAAAGAGAGGACAGGGGAGGGGAGUGGGGAGAAGCUGGUGAACUUGGAAGAGGAGGGAGGAGAGGUGGUGCAGUCUGAAGAGGAAAGAGAGCAGGAGAAAGGAAAGGAGGAGCUGGACAGUGAGGAAAAGAAAGAUAAUGGAGCAGAGAGUAUGGAGGAAGAGGAAUCCUCUCCAUCAACAAGCCCGACUGGAGUGGAUAAGGAGGAAAACGUGAGCUUCAUCAGCCGGCCGUGGCGCAUGGUGGACGGGAACCUGAACCGGCAGGUGUGUAAGGGCAUGCUGGAGGCCAUCCUGUACCACGUGAUGUACCGACCCGGACUCACGCAGCAGGCGCUGGUGGAGCACUACAAAGACGUGCUGCAGCCCAUGGCCGUGCUCGACCUGCUACAGGCGCUCACAGACUCCGGCUGUGUGAUGAGGAAGACUCUGGUGAGAGCUGCUAAACCUUCGCUGUUCGCCCGCGCUGUGAAGACGAGCAGAGAGACGAAGGCGAUGAUGGAGGAACCGGACUGCGUGUUCUACGAGCCGACCAUCAGCUGCUGCCUGCGGCUCGGCCAGAUGCUUCCCAACGAGCGACACUGGAACAGCUGCAUGCCCUGAAGUCACCCUGGAGCAUCAGAGACUUGAUAUGGCUUUUAAAGAUCAAGUUUAAAAUGUUCUCCUCGCCACAAUCAGUAUGUUGUGAUAAACCUAAAAGAUUUGAUUUGACUAAAUGUUUCAUGGCAUCAGGUUAUUUGACAGAUUUCACUUCUGGUUUUACAGAACAGGGAUUUCUUUGUACAUUUAUUUGUUAAAACCUUUCGUCUGUGUUCCUUUUUUGUUUUGACAUUAAUAAUAAAAAGAAUAAUUAUUUGCA